UCCGCGCCCCGGCCGGGGGAGCUCGGGGAGAACCUGCCGGGGAAAGCACCUGAGGCAACGGGAAGAGCAAAGCGGAGCUGCUUAAAAAGCAUGGACCAGAUAAAGCCAGGACAAGUGCCAGGACAAGGCACUCAGGGAAGGAGGCUGAGAGGCUGCUGUUGGAAGGUUGCUGCUGCUGCUGCUGUGGUGGGCAGUGCCACAGCUCUCUGCCUGGGGAUCCUGCUGGCCUGCUAUCCCCCGGGAGAGACCAGCUUUGAGCACACAGUGGAGCUGCAAGGAAUCAUCUUCAACAGCAGCUUAAAGACGGAGAACUCAGAGUACUACAGGGUGCUGACACCUGCUCUUGAGAGGCUGUUUCUGUCCAGUCUGCAGGACUCCCAGCUGGACUGGAGCUGCACUGGUUGCACUAUCCUGGGCUAUAGGAAUGGAAACUCGAGCGUGAUCGUCCAUUUCCGCCUCUUCUUCGCCCCCCAGGACUCCCAGCCCCUGAGCUCCACCUUGGAGGAGGAGGCUCUGAGGCACGGGCUGGCAGCUGCCCUGCGCAGGCAGGGUCUGUCCCUGGCUGCCUACGGGACCAUCUCCUCAGCUUCUCUCACAGGUCCCAGCAAGGUUUCUCCCCACAGAUCUGGACUGAAAUCAGACUGUGGGAGCCGCCCUGCCAUGCAGACUGCCAGCAGGAUAGUUGGAGGUUCAGAGGCAUCCAGAGGGGAGUUCCCCUGGCAAGUCAGCCUGCGAGAGAACAACGAGCACUUCUGUGGGGCUGCAAUCCUCACGGAGAAGUGGCUGGUGUCUGCUGCUCAUUGCUUUACUGAGUUUCAGGACCCAGCCAUGUGGGCAGCUUACACAGGGACCACCUCCCUCAGAGGCUCCGACAGCAGCGCGGUGAAAAUGGACAUUGCACAGAUCAUCCCACACCCCUCCUACAACGCCGACACAGCUGACUAUGAUGUGGCUGUGCUGGAGCUCAAGAGACCUGUCACCUUCACCAAGUACAUCCAGCCCGUGUGCCUGCCAGACGCAGGCCAUCACUUCCCAGCCAGCAAGAAGUGCCUCAUCUCUGGCUGGGGCUACCUCAAGGAGGAUUUCUUGGUGAAACCCGAGUUCCUGCAGAAAGCAACAGUGGAGCUGCUGGACCAGAACCUGUGCUCCAGCCUCUACAGCCACGUCCUCACGGACAGGAUGAUGUGUGCUGGCUACCUGGAGGGGAAGGUUGACUCCUGCCAGGGUGACUCUGGUGGGCCCUUGGUUUGCCAAGAACCAUCUGGCAGGUUUUUCCUGGCGGGAAUCGUGAGUUGGGGGAUUGGAUGUGCUGAAGCCAGGAGGCCUGGGGUUUACACACGUGUUACCAAACUCAGAGACUGGAUCUUGGAUGCUAUUUCUGCCUUCCCCAGCUCCACAGCCCACAUUGUCCCUCUGAUACACUCCAGUACCAACAGUAAUGUGGUCAGUGCUGAAGAGCUCAACACCAUCAGAGGAACCUCCACCACCUCACCAGCCCCAGCUGCCAGCAGGCCAGUGACUGCAGGGAGACCACAAGAGUGUGGAGGACGACCUGGGUUCUCUAAACCCAGCAAGAUCGUGGGAGGAACAGAUGCUUCCAGAGGAGAGAUCCCCUGGCAAGUCAGCCUAAAAGAGGACUCGAGGCACUUCUGUGGAGCCACCAUCAUCGGGGACCGCUGGCUGCUGUCGGCAGCUCACUGCUUCAACGAGACAAAUCCAGAAGAGAUUGAAGCCUACAUGGGAACAACAUCACUAAAUGGAACAGACGAGAAUGCAGUGAAAGUCAAUGUAACAAGAGUGAUCCCACACCCCCUCUUCAGCCCCAUGAUUCUGGACUUUGAUGUGGCUGUACUGGAGCUGGCAAGACCUCUUGUCUUCAACAAAUACAUCCAGCCUGUGUGCCUCCCACCUGCUGUGCAGAAGUUUCCUGUUGGCAAGAAAUGCCUCAUUUCUGGGUGGGGAGACCUCCAGGAAGGGAAUGCCACCAAGCCCGAGAUCCUGCAGAAAGCCUCUGUGGCCAUCAUAGACCAGAACACCUGCGACUUCCUCUACAACUUCUCCCUCACUGACCGAAUGAUCUGUGCUGGCUUCCUGGAGGGGAUGGUAGACUCAUGCCAGGGAGAUUCAGGUGGGCCCUUGGCCUGUGAGGUGACCCCAGGAGUGUUUUACCUGGCUGGCAUUGUGAGCUGGGGAUAUGGUUGUGCCCAGGCUAUGAAACCUGGUGUGUACUCCAGAAUUACCAAACUCACAGACUGGAUCCUGGACACCAUCUCACAGUUGCCCAGUCCUGGCACAGGCAUUCCUUCCAGUUCAGCCAUCACCAGAACUUCCAGCACAGCCAUCUUCACCCAGCCCAGCACAACAGCUGCAAGUCCAACCAGCAGAACCACCCUGGGAACGAAGAUGAGCACAAACACGAGUGAAAACUCUGAAGAUCUGAGAACAACCAAACCUGCCAAGCCCACCCAAGCCCCAGUGGUGCCUUGUACCAGCUUCACCUUCAAGUGUUCCAGCAAGGUGUGUAUUGGAAAAGAGAAUCCUGAAUGUGAUGGUGUUGUGGACUGCAGCAACGGCUUCGACGAGCGCAACUGCGACUGUGGCCAAACAACUGCUCUGGCCUUCAGCAAGAUCGUGGGUGGCAGCGGCGCAGCUCGAGGGGAGUGGCCCUGGCAAGUCAGUCUGUGGCUUCGGCGGAAGGAGCACAAGUGCGGGGCUGUCCUCAUUGCUGACCGCUGGCUGCUCUCUGCAGCCCACUGCUUCGACAUUUACAGUGACCCCAAAAUGUGGGUGGCCUUUCUAGGAACACCCUUCCUGAGUGGCACCGAUGGCAAAAUGGAGAAAAUAUUCCGUAUCUACAAGCACCCUUUUUACAACAUCUACAGCCUGGACUAUGAUGUGGCACUGCUAGAGCUGAGCACACCUGUCAAGUUCAGCAACACCAUCAGACCGAUUUGUCUCCCAGACAGUUCUCACAUCUUCCAUGAAGGGGCCAGAUGCUUCAUCACAGGCUGGGGCUCCACAAAGGAAGGAGGUCUCAUGUCAAAGCAUCUGCAAAAAGCAGCAGUGAACAUGAUCGGAGACCAGGCCUGCAAAAAGUUCUACCCUGUCCAGAUCAGCAGCAGGAUGGUGUGUGCUGGUUUCCCACAGGGCACCGUCGACAGCUGUUCAGGCGAUGCAGGCGGGCCCCUGGCAUGUAAGGAACCCUCAGGGAAGUGGUUUCUAGCAGGAAUCACAAGCUGGGGCUAUGGCUGUGCCAGGCCAUACUUCCCUGGUGUCUACACCAAAGUCACAGCUGUCCAGGGCUGGAUUGCGCAGAACCUCAAGCUCUGAAACUGCAUUUCACCACUCAGGGAAGGCAACGAAUGAGAGGAGUAACUGCCAGAGGAGGCACUAAUCCCUCAGCUGUUGUACAUUUUUGUGAUGUUGCAAAGGGGUGAAGAUGGCCUUGCAGGUAUUAAGCACGUGCCAGUGUUGUGUGACCCGCUGGUUGUGACACACCAGGGCAUUUGAUAACUGCUUUGCAUAGAAAGGUACCAAUUCUAGACAUUUUCCAUAAAUAAAUGAGGCCUGUCCCAAUGUAAGACCUGGCCAAACAUCCUACGGAUUAAAACAUGACCUUUCUAGUUGGAGGGGUGCCCGAAACAUCUGGCAGAUAUUCAUGGAGUUUGGCUGACCUCUGCCUAUGAGCUGUCAUCCCAAAGCCAAGCCAAGAGACUGGUGAACUUCGUCCCAGCCCAAAGUUAUGCCCUUGCAGAAGCCUCAGACCUCACUGCCUUGAUGGAGCUGCUGUGCUGUGCAGUGGCUUUUGGGAAGGGUGUGCUGCUGUUUUCACUCAGUGCCUGAGAGCUCAGUGAUGACCUUCUGGCUCACCAUUUGAUCCCAAGAGAAGACAGGACUGAAACGCUUGGAGUUCAGACUGCAAAGGCCCUGAUCUGUACUAGAGGAUCAAGACAGGCUUCUCUACACCCUCCAUACACCCCCCACCCACCCAACCUCCCCCCAGCUCCUUUUGCACCAGGGAACAGGUGAUUAAACUGAUUAAGGCAUGGUCAUACAGACCACUGCUCUGGUUAAGCUAGGUGGGAAAAAUUCAGAGUGCUGACAUAGGGUGCAAGGAUGUAACUCCUUCAGUAGGAGGUCAGGUCCCACCAGCCAGAAUAUGACAGGCAGACAACUUUGUUCAUAAGAAAAAAACUGCUGCAGAGCUCAUGUGCCAAGUCUUGGGCAGACUUAGACAUCUCCCCAUAGAUUCAGCCACCAAAACUGAACAGCUGCUUGUACCCCAGACCCCUUCCUCAUUUUUGGUGCUUAAGCUCUGCAUCUGGGCAUAGCAAGAGGUUUCUUCUGUCUCAACCCAGCUGGCAGUGAGAUCCACCACCUUCCCAGCCAGCAAGGUGGGAGACCUGGCUUCCAGGCAUG